AUGGCUCCGUUUCCAUCUCCACUCGAACGCGUAGUUGCUUCGGCUUUGCUCGUCCUGGCCACCACACCUCCGAAGCUCUGUUUGGACGACGAUCGCGAGUUGGUGAGGGAGCGAAGCAAGAUCGAGAAUUGCAGAGAGAGCUCGGUUUCUGGGGAUUCCAAUAAGUCGUUCUCGUCGUUGAUCACCACAUGCGAGGUUUCCACGGAGGAGAUUCGAGCUCGUAAGAUCAGAAUCGUAGCGCUUGCGGCUCUUCGUCGUGAGAUGAAGCUCAAGGGUGUGCGGAGAAGUCGCUCCAAGACGCAAACAAGCUGGAAGACCGUCUCUGGAUCGUCGGCGACGGCGUCGUUCCGAUCUGAGACCACCACGGAGUCUUCGUGCGUGUCCACCAGCUCCAGUGCGGCUUCAAGCUCGCGAAGCCGACACGCGUCAUGGUCAGCUUGGAAUUAUCGUGGUGCCACUAAGCUUUCUAUGGUGAGGGAGGAGCCGAUGAAGAGGAAGCGGCUGAGCUUCUCGGCUCACAUGCGCCGCAAAGCUGAGGCAAUUCUGAAGCUCUUGUCCGGUGGCUGCUGCUUUUCUGAAGUUAAGAUUCGUCAGACCAUCGGUGACAGUCCUGACACUAGCAAAGCACUCAGAAUGUUGUUGAAGCUUGAGAAGGUCAAAAGGUCAGGCAUUGGAGGCCGUUACAACCCUUAUAUUUACACGAUAGCGUGA